GAAGCCAUAUAUUUGUUCCCCAAAAUUGUUGUUUUUGUGACUGCCCUUCAGAGACAAUCUGUCAUCUCUGCUUUCAAUGCCCUUUUACUUUAGAUAUCUAUUUCUCAUCUUGAGGAUAAGUUUCAUUGGCCUGCCUAUCCUAGCUGGUUUUCUACCCUUCAAUUGAGUUCGUUCCGUUCGGUUUUAGAAGCUUGUCACAUCAAUUUGACGUUGGAGUACCUUACGAAGUUAAGUAUAGUGUGGUGGCAUGUGUGGUAUUUUCGGAAUAAAUUAAUUUUCAAUAACGAGAGUACGUCCUUUUCUCAAGCUAGUUUUAUUAUUCACUCUUUUAUGGGAAAAUGGGAGAAGGCCAACUUAGAAAUCCCUUCUUUUAAUACCCCUCUCCCCAAGGAUUGUAAACUCCCAGUCCGUUCAGGCAAAAAUCUUAUUUGGUCCCCGCCUAAUGAGGAUGUGCUGAAAGUUAACUUUGACGGAUCCAAGCUGGACAAUGGCCAAGCGGCGUAUGGGUUUGUCAUCAGAAACUCCAAUGGAGAAGUGCUCAUGGCUAGGGCGAAAGCGUUGGGCGUUUACCCUUCGAUUCUUAUGGCGGAAGCCAUGGGGCUUUUAGAGGGCAUAAAAGGAGCCAUUUCGCUCCAAAAUUGGAGUAGAAAGAUCAUAUUUGAAGGAGAUAACAUUGCUGUUAUCAACGCUAUGAGCCCAAGUGCCACUGGUCCCUGGACCAUUGCUAACAUUAUCUUGGAUGCAGGUGCUCUCUUGGGCCAUUUUCAAGAGGUCAAGUUUCAACAUUGCUAUAGGGAGGCUAACCGACUGGCGGAUUUCAUGGCUCACAAGGGGCAUUCUCACCCUGAAGUCUUGUGUUGGCUCCCCCCCUACUGUAUUGAUUUUUCCCUUCUUAUCCGUAAGGAUGUUUUAGGUUGGCCCCCUGACUAAGUUGGGCCAUCUAAGGUUUUUCUUUCCCAAUCAAAAAAAA